AUGGCAACCUGCUACGUCGACCGUCCCAUCCCUCAGAUCUCCCUGGCCAACUUCGACCAGCGCAUCGAUGACAUCACCGCCGACCUCGUCAACGCGGCCGAAAAGGUCGGCUUCUUCACCGUCGUCGACCACGGCAUCCCCAUCGAGGAGAUCGAGCGCAUGUUUGCCACCGCUGAACGCUUCUUCAGUCUCCCUGACGAGGUCAAGGCCACCGUCCCCUGGAACCCGAACAACGUCGGCUGGGAGAAAAACGCCCAGGUGCGGCCCUCGACCGGCCAACCUGAUACCAAAGAGUCAUACCAGCUGCAGUUCGGAGAGAACAUGACCGACCUCUGGCUGGACGAUGCCCAUCUGCCGGGCUUCCGCGACACGUCCCUCUCAUUCAUGCACCGCGUCCAAGGCGUGUCCGAGAAACUCAUGCGCUGCUUUGCGCGUGGUCUAGGAUUUCCAGAAGACUUCUUCAUCCAGUGUCACGAUGUGUCGCGGCCGAUCGCGCAAACCACCAUGCGUCUGCUGCAUUACUUCGCUCUGCCGGAGACGUCUGAUGGCAAAACGUACCACCGCGCGGGUGCCCACGCCGACUGGGAUUUCCUGACCCUGCUGUUCCAGAAAGAAGGUCAAAGUGGUCUGGAGAUCUGUCCGGGGCGGGAGGUUGUGACGGAGUUCGGGAUUGGGGAUAAAUGGACCAAGGUCGAGGCGAAGACGGGCGAUAUCGUUUGCAACAUCGGGGAUCUGCUCAUGUCGUGGUCGGAUGAUCGCUUCAAGUCGACGUUCCACCGGGUGAAGGCGCCGUCGCAGCCUGGUGACUACUUUGGGGAUCGGUACAGUAUUGCGUACUUCAAUCAGCCGUGCAAGGAUAGCUUGAUUCAGGGCCCGAAGAAGAAGUACCCCUUGGUGACGGGCGAAGAGUUCAACAAGCGGGCGAUGCAGCGGAAUUUUGCUGCAUUACAGGCCAAGUUGAAGACGAUGGAAGCAGGAGCUUGA